AUGGGGUCUUCCGGGUCCGACAAGCUCGGUCUUGAUCUCAAUGCCAGCACACCCAACAAUGAGUCCCUCCGAUUCCUUGACUUCCUCGACAGCUCGGCGAGUACCCCCGUCUACGAGGACCCGGAGUCUAAGGAAUCGGGCGCCGACAUCCUGCCUCGCGAUCAACAGCAGAAGACGGCCACCUACGAUUAUGCCUACGAGAAGUCUAUGAGUCACGCCGAGGCCAAACUCUUCUACCAGCACCACCAGCUGUCCACGAAGAGCGCCGAUAACACCGUGCCUCCCAGCCCGGCGCCCGCGGGGCGUUCCGCUACCGACCACGAGGAAAGGGCGAUGGCCUCGGACUUCAGCCCCCAGAACAAGGACCACGCAGCUCCAAAAGGUUCCACGACUUUCGAACCAGAAUGGAACUUGGGACCCUCGUCUUAUAAUGGAGCCUAUGGGAUGCACCAGGGCGAGGACAGCCAUCUGGCGGACCACACGGCGCGGAACCACGCCGUGUCCUUGGGAGCUGCCCAAGCCGCGCAGACUAAUCAAGGGCCCCAUUCGUCAGCGGCCGAGAGUCUUCAAAAUUCCGGCCUAGGUAUUGGCAUGUCCCAGGGGGCUGGGUUUGCGCCGGGUGGCGAUGCUGUGACGGCCGAAUUGAAGACCAUCUACCGCAAGAUCAAGGGUCUUUUGGAUUUGCGAUCAAAGUACAUGGCGCUGUCACUUCAACGGCCGGGCGAUGAUCCACGAGAUCAACCCGGCUGGGAUCUCUACCCUCCGCCUCCCGAGCCAGCUUGGGAUGAUGGCAAGGAAUAUCAACCCGGCUACGUCGGUGGCCCGUCCGAUGUGAUACCGGAGAAGAGGCGAAAGAUGGGAGAGGAUAUCGGAGAGGAUUUCGACAUGGCUGAAGUGACAAUCCCCGGCGAGUCUUCUUGCACCUACCGAUUGGACCGCAAUAGUGUGUAUCAGGUGUACGAGUCGGAGGCCGCUGCGGACCGUCACGAGCCGUUGGUUGAUAUUCCCUCGCUGCGUGACUUUUACAUGGAUUUGGAUGCCGUAGUAGAUGUCUCCACCGAUGGCCCGACCAAGAGCUUUGCUUUCAAGCGUCUGUCCUAUUUGGAGGGCAAGUUCCAGCUCUAUACGCUGCUGAAUGAAUAUCAAGAGAUCGCCGACAGCAAGAAAGUCCCGCAUCGAGAUUUCUACAACGUGCGCAAAGUGGACACUCACGUUCAUCAUUCAGCAUGCAUGAACCAAAAGCAUUUGCUCCGCUUCAUCAAAAGUAAGAUGAGAAAGUCACCCGACGAGGUGGUCCUCUUCCGAGACGGAAAGCAUCUCACUCUCAGGGAGGUCUUUGAGAGUAUCAACCUCACUGCCUAUGACCUCAGCAUUGAUACCUUGGAUAUGCACGCGCACACCGACUCUUUCCAUCGGUUCGACAAAUUCAACCUCAAGUACAACCCGGUGGGAGAGUCCCGACUCCGUGAGAUUUUCUUGAAGACGGACAACUACAUCAAGGGCCGUUAUCUCGCGGAGAUCACCAAAGAAGUGAUCUCCGACCUGGAAUCCAGCAAAUACCAGAUGGUCGAGUGGCGGAUCUCGAUCUACGGGCGAUCUCUCCAGGAAUGGGACAAGCUGGCCGCCUGGGUGGUGGACAACAAGUUGUUCUCCCCCAAUGUUCGCUGGCUGAUUCAAGUACCGCGUCUGUACGACGUGUAUAAGUCGAGCGGGAUGAUGGAAAACUAUGAGCAGGUCAUCUCGAACGUAUUCCAACCCUUGUUUGAAGUGACCAGGGACCCCUCGAGUCACCCUAAGCUUCACAUCUUCUUACAGCGCGUUGUCGGAUUCGACAGUGUGGAUGACGAGAGCAAAGCCGAGCGUCGACUGUAUCGGAAGUAUCCGAUCCCGCGGGAAUGGAAUACCAAGCAAAACCCGCCUUACAGUUACUGGCUCUACUUUAUGUUCGCCAACAUCGCCUCUCUCAACCAAUGGCGUCGACGCCGGGGCUUCAACACCUUUGCCUUGCGGCCCCAUUGCGGUGAAGCCGGUGACCCGGACCACCUGGCCGUGGGCUUCCUUUGCUGCCAUAGCAUCAGUCAUGGCAUCUUGCUGCGCAAGGUGCCCCUGCUGCAGUACCUGUACUACUUGAACCAGAUCGGUAUUGCCAUGUCGCCGCUCAGUAACAACGCCCUGUUCCUCACAUACGACAAGAAUCCUUGUGCCAGCUUCUUCAAGCGUGGGCUGAAUGUGUCCCUGUCCACCGACGAUCCACUACAGUUCGCUUUCACCAAGGAGCCUCUCAUUGAAGAGUAUUCGGUGGCUGCACAAAUCUACAAAUUCAGUGCCGUCGACAUGUGUGAACUGGCGAAACAUUCCGUCGACCAGAGUGGAUUCGAGCUACCGUUGAAGCAGAGAUGGCUGGGCUCGAACUGCAGCGCCCGCGGGGUGGCUGGCAAUAAUGUCGCAAAGAGCAAUGUUCCCGACAUCCGUGAAGCGUUUAGGCACGAGACUCUCGUGGCAGAAUUAUCACUAAUUGAACGAUAUUCCGAAGGCGCCGCCGCCGAAGAAAGAAAUACCUUGGCCCCUGGCUUGCUUCAUACCGCCAAGCAAGGUUCUGUUAAGGGGCCCCCGUCCGAGACUCAAGCUUCGGAAUCUGUCUCGCAACCCGGGUCCAAUGAGCCAUGCCAAGCCCCUUCGACGGCGAACAAUGCCAACGGCCUUCGUCCUGAUUCAGGGAUUACCCAUGUGACGCCCUUCCCCGAGCUUUCUUCGUCUCCCAGCAGUAGUACUCUGGGAGCAGACGGGUUACCGGAGCAGAAGAUCUUCCCUGGUAUUGUGCAUGAAUCGGUUCGACGAGGAAGUAGGCUUUCUCAGCAGUCCGCGGAUGACCACAAUCAUUAA